AUGGCAAAUUAUAAUAGACCUCAAACAAGGCAACUCUCCUCCCACUCAGAGCGCAAAAAACUCAGAGAGGAUGCCAAUAAUAAGAAUAUCGUUGAAGUGGCACAACAACUCGGAAUGACACUUGAGCGUAUUGGGAAAGAUUAUCAAUGGAAAGACCAUGAUAGCUUAAAAUUUGAUACUAGGAAAAACUAUUUUUAUUGGAACUCCCAGGGUUUUGGGGGUGGCCCUAUAAAAUUGGCUCAAACCAUUAUGGAGUGUUCUUACGGAGAAGCGGUUCGGUUUUUAACUGGAAAAGAGAUUUCUAAAUUUGAUAAAAAUCUUAUUCCAAAGAAAGAAUUCAAAUAUUUUCUAAGUGAAACUCCUUAUGCAACAGAAUUAAAAGUAUUUACAUCUCAAAAACGCCAAAUAUCAAAUGAGACCAUUGAUUUUCUAAUUAAUCAAGGGGUUCUUGCGCAAUCUAAAUAUAAAGAUCGAGGACAAGAACAACCUGAUCCAGUAAUUGUAUUUAAAAACAUUGACUCAAAUGGUGAGAUAAAAGGAAUAGCGCUCCAAGGGAUGAUCGAUCAUCCUGACCUUUAUCCAGGACGUGAUAAGCUGAAAAAAACAUUUGGUAAUGGAUCCUAUGGUUGUGUAGUUAAAGUUGGUAAGCCCCCAACCAAUAAAACAAUGACACUAGAACAUCCUCUAAAGAUUAUUGCCUUUGAGUCUGGCUUUGAUAUGAUGGCCUAUUUGGACUUGUUCAAAGAAAAAAUCGGUGAUGCAUAUUUUGUAGCAAUGCAUGGUCGUAAGAAAAGUGUUAUUUCAACGACUCUUGCCAAUGCACUUAAUGUUUCUGGUACAGAUGAAGGAAAGGCAACAAUGCUUGAUGUCAUUGAAAAUUCUACAAAUGGAAUUGAUGCUGUAAAAAUAAUAUUAGCGGUUGAUAAUGAUGAGGCUGGUCGAAAAUUCGUAGAAGAUUUUGGAAUUACCAAAGUUUCCGUUAUUCCACACCUUCCUAAAGUAACUCCUGGAGAGAAAAAAUCGGACUGGAAUGAAAUCCUCCAACGAAUUAAAACGCCUCAAAAAUCCCCCUUUGAAGAGCGGUUAAAGAAAGCUGCAGAAGCACGUCCAGAUUUUGCGACUCGUCUUAGGCAGGCUGCUGCAACUAAACAAAAAUAA